GUGCUCUUAUUUUGAAACGCAGCCCCGGACGGUUAGCAUCAUCCGCCGGUAAACGGUGUAAACGGUGUUUUUAAAGGGAACCAAGGUUGUCGAGGUCCGCGGCGGGCUUAGCGGGUUGAAGGUUGCUGCUGGUUGCGGGGCCCGUGGAGCUGAAGCACCAUUCCCCCUCUCUCUCCUCUCAUGUCCCCCCCUGUGUGUGUCCCUGUGUGUUAGUGUCCCCCACCACCCCGUCCGUCCCUCCCAUCGUGUCUCCUGCCCUGAAGACUCACCCCAUGCUUGGGACAAAGCCAGCUCACUGCCAGCCCAAUGACUGCCUGGAUCGUCCUGCCUGUCAGCCUGUCUGCCUUCUCCAUCACGGGAAUAUGGAUCGUGUACGCCAUGGCUGUGAUGAACCACCACGUCUGUCCUGUGGAGAACUGGUCUUACAACGUCACGUGCGCGGAGGAGCUGCCCCGGCCGGGCUUCCCCAAGACGUGCUGCACCAUCCAGGACAUUCCCCUCAUCAGUAAAUGUGGCUCCUUCCCUCCUGAAAGUUGCCUGUUCAGCCUGAUCGGCAACGUUGGAGCCUUCAUGGUGGUGAUGGUGUGCCUUCUGCGCUACGCCCAGGUGAUCGAACACAGCCACCGAUGUUGGGUCAACACCAGCGCUCUGGUGUCCGGCUGCACCAACGCCGUGGGUCUGGUCAUGGUGGGAAACUUCCAGGUCGAUCACGCCAAGUCUCUACACUACGUGGGCGCCGGCGUGGCGUUCCCCGCCGGGCUGCUGUUCGUGUGCCUGCAGUGUGUCCUCACGUACCGGGUGGCUGUGACCGCCCUCGACUACUGGAUGGCCCAUUUCCGCGUGGCUCUGGCUCUGGGCGCCAUGGUCUCCCUCGUCCUCAGCGGCAUCUUCUUCAUCCACGAGAGCUUCGUCCUGCAGCACGCCGCAGCCAUCUGCGAGUGGGUCUUCACCGUGGACAUCCUGGUCUUCUACGGCACCUUCACCUACGAGUUCGGCACCGUCACCAGUGAGACCAUGAUGGCGGGCCUGCAGCAGAGCCUCCACCACCACGGCUCGGGUGUCAUCAUGGGUCCCGGAGCCCGAGGCUCGACGCUGAGCGGGGCGACCAAAGGCCUCAAGUCGCCCGGCGGCAGCAGCACGUCGACGCAUCUCAACUGCACCCCGGAGAGCAUAGCCAUGUUGUAGCCACGGAGGUGCAUCAUGAGCGGCGCCAGUCCGACCCGCUGGAGCCAUGAAUGUUUCCAAGACGGCCACUUUGAGUUUGUUUCGUAAUCCCUCCUCCAUCGACCUUUCUUUUUCUUUUCUCUGCACGGCACUCGAACGAGAGCAGCGAUUAAUGUUUGUGUAGUCGGUAGAAAUCACUGAAUGUUGAGAAGUGACUCGUUAACGGUCUCUGUGUUUCACCAAUCACGCUUCUUUUAUCCGUUUAAAUGACGAGUUCAGGACGAGAGCGCCUCAAUCACUUUUUUUGUCGUCGUGCGUCUCACGCCACGUUUUUACCGUCCCGGUGCAAUAAAUCGCCAUCGAUCACGUGACCGUGAGCGAACAAAUGCCUUUUUUUCAGCAUGUUGAAGUCGCCUCUGUCCAAACACUGACGUUAAUUCCAGGCUGGACCCUUGGAAGCCUUAUUUUGAGUUCUUGGAAUGACUUUCGUGUUCAGCGUGAAGCUCGUAGACUUUGUGCCAUAGAUCUCACGGCGGCGUCACGCAGAUCGAAGUCCAAGCGUCCGCUCCAGACUGCCACGAACCGAAGAUGACGAACGCCACUCGCUCAUUAAGUUCCUACAGUAUUCUGCCCUCCGGAUGCCAGCAAUACGCUCACAUCACCUACCUCUUUUUAUCUUUUGUGGGGUCGAUGUCUCCAUCUUCACGGCGGCUUGAAAAGUGUUUUGGAGUGACGGCGUCUCACUUCACUGAUGGUUUGUACGAGUGCACUGUUCUCGCCUUAUCCCUCCGUACUGUGCCCGGGGAGCGCGUCUUCGUUCUUUGUGUUCACCAUACUGUAACCGAGGUCAAACGGCAGCUCGACGUCGAGCCCCUCGCAUCAGGGCUGGAUCCGAACCACGAACCAUCGUCCACAGGCCAAAACUUUAAGGUGGAUCUGAAUCUUUUUUUUUCUUUGUGUUGUUAAAAAUGUUCACACGGUUUGAAGAGGCCGCCCGGCACCAAACGUUUCCUCAUUUCCUGGAUUUAAACAAAGAGUUUGAGAGAACGGUGACGGAGCGAGUCCACACGGAUGAUUUUGUUUUUAUAAAUUCUGUAAAUAUGUAUGAUUUGUCUCAUUUAGGUAUUUUCAUUUGACAGAGAUUUAUAUUCAAAUAUGAAAUAAAAAUGAUAAAUUAUUA